UUUGCUGCGGGGCUGGCUGCAGUCUUCACCAGAACCCGACGGCCUGAGCACGUCUCGACACAAUGAGAGUGUAGUCUUCAUAUCACUUUGGAGUUAGAUUGCCUUGUGUUUUUUUUUCUUUUUUCUUUUGGUUAACUGAAAAAAAGAAACCCACGACGACCCGUCUCGAAGCAUGACUGGAGUUUUCGAUCGGAGGAUCCCGAGUGUAAAACCUGCAGAUUUUCAGAGCUCCUUUCAACUCUCCACCAUGCAUCAUCCAUCUCAGGAAUCUCCUACUUUACCCGAAUCCUCAGCCACGGAUUCUGGCUACUAUAGUCCAGCCAGUGGAGUCACUCACGGCUACUGCUCGCCCAGCUCCACCUCGUACGGGAAGCCUCUCAACGCCUAUCAGUACCAGUACCCGGGUGUAAACGGAUCUGCUGGAAAUUACUCGACAAAAUCCUACAGUGAUUACAGUUCGUAUACGACUCCUGCUUACCACCAGUAUGCCGGGACUUACAGCAGAGUGCAAGCCCAGCCGAGCCCACAAGAAAAGGAGAUAAGUGAGCCUGAGGUAAGGAUGGUGAAUGGCAAGCCGAAGAAAGUGAGAAAACCCCGAACAAUUUACUCCAGCUUCCAACUGGCCGCCUUGCAGAGGAGGUUUCAGAACACGCAGUACCUGGCGCUGCCGGAGAGAGCCGAGCUGGCAGCCUCUCUGGGACUCACGCAAACACAGGUCAAAAUCUGGUUUCAGAAUAGGAGAUCUAAAAUUAAGAAGAUCAUGAAAAACGGCGAGCUUCCACCAGAGCACAGCCCCAGCUCCAGCGACCCCAUGGCCUGCAACUCCCCACAAUCCCCGGCCGUUUGGGACACGCAGGGCCCCUCCAGGUCGCACAGCCUGCAGCCACAAAACAUCAACACGACGGCUUCAAACUUUUUGGAAAACACGGGUUCGUGGUACACGUCCCCCGGCACCUCCAUGACUUCCCACCUUCAGACGCCGAACUCGAUACAGCACUCUUUGGCUCUCGGAGCUGGGACGUUAUAUUAAGAAAAAAACAAAAGAAAGGAAAAAUAAACACCCUGUUGUUCAUUUCAUUUUUUUUCUUCUUCUUCUAUGGGACUCGUGUUCACAUUUCAGAGGAAUAUGCAAUGUAUUUGAUGCCAGUCAUAGAGGAAACGUCUAAAAUGUGUAAAUGUGUGCAUGUAAUUUAUUGCAUUUUUUGGAAGACUAUUAAACGUUUAAAUGGACAAUGGAACUUUGAAACCUCCCGCCUCCCUUCAGUGCCUCUGUUCACUUCAAACCUCAUUUACGCUGAUGAUAACCACAGAGACUAAACCUAGGCUAAACAAUACUCAAACGCCUCAGGUGACAGUUUCUCACAAGGCUGUAAAUCUCAUCUGCAAGAUAUUCAGAUUAAUGUAAUUAUAACGGCUUUCAUUUGCAAUUAUUACCUAUUUGUCCUGUUAUUUAUGAUUUCCUUCUCAGUUUUAUUAGAUAUUUCUUAUGAAGAAAAUGCCAAACGCUUUGUGAGAGAUCUAAUUUGGAUCAGAGAAGGGAAGACUGGUUCAGUCCUGUAUUUAAAAAUAAAUUAAGGCGAUAUAUUAAGAUUGCAAGAGAAAAUUUAGUUAAUUGUAAUAAGAAUUUAUGAUGACAUGCGUCU